AUGGGUGGCAUUAAGGAGGGCUCCUCCCAGAAACCCAGGAGACCUGAAGCUCCACCCCUCAGUUACAGGUACAGCUCCUCCCAGAAACCUAGGAGACCUGAAGCUCCACCCCUCAGUUACAGGUACAGCUCCUCCCAGAAACCCAGGAGACCUGAAGCUCCACCCCUCAGUUACAGGUACAGCUCCUCCCAGAAACCCAGGAGACCUGAAGCUCCACCCCUCAGUUACAGGUACAGCUCCUCCCAGAAACCUAGGAGACCUGAAGCUCCACCCCUCAGUUACAGGUACAGCUCCUCCCAGAAACCCAGGAGACCUGAAGCUCCACCCCUCAGUUACAGGUACAGCUCCUCCCAGAAACCCAGGAGACCUGAAGCUCCACCCCUCAGUUACAGGUACAGCUCCUCCCAGAAACCCAGGAGACCUGAAGCUCCACCCCUCAGUUACAGGUACAGCUCCUCCCAGAAACCUAGGAGACCUGAAGCUCCACCCCUCAGUUACAGGUACAGCUCCUCCCAGAAACCCAGGAGACCUGAAGCUCCACCCCUCAGUUACAGGUACAGCUCCUCCCAGAAACCUAGGAGACCUGAAGCUCCACCCCUCAGUUACAGGUACAGCUCCUCCCAGAAACCCAGGAGACCUGAAGCUCCACCCCGCAUUUACAGGUACAGCUCCUCCCAGAAACCUAGGAGACCUGAAGCUCCACCCCUCAGUUACAGGUACAGCUCCUCCCAGAAACCCAGGAGACCUGAAGCUCCACCCCUCAGUUACAGGUACAGCUCAUCACCUGUGAAACCCAGAAGACCUGAAGCUCCACCCCUCAGUUACAGGUACAGCUCAUCACCUGUGAAACCCAGAAGACCUGAAGCUCCACCCCUCAGUUACAGGUACAGCUCAUCACCUGUGAAACCCAGAAGACCUGAAGCUCCACCCCUCAGUUACAGGUACAGCUCAUCACCUGUGAAACCCAGAAUACCUGAAGCUCCACCCCUCAGUUACAGGUAUAGCUCAUCACCUGUGAUCAGAGAUUGA